UUGCAGUUUGCGCGGGAAAUUUUCACAGAAAAAAAGUUGGACAAAUGUCACCGUUCGAGCUUGGGACUACACCUUCAAAUAACCGAUAUUCUCUCCCAGUAAACACCAAGCAUAAGAAAAGUAAACAAGGAAUCAUCAUCCCCGUUGCUAAAAAACCCCUUCAGAUUGAAGUUUUUUGGGAUGGCGAGACUGAAGAUUAGAGGGACUUGGUCGGGGGUUCUGGAAGACGUCACCGUCGACGCCUGGACCGUACCAAAGCUCCGGGAAGAGGUGGCCAUGCGCGCCAACUGCUCCCCUGACUGCAUCAACCUCACAUUCGCCGGCAUGCUCCUCAAGGACGACGAUGCCGAUGCCGGCGACGUCAGAAACUUGGCCAGUCUGGGCGUCAAGAUCAACUCUAAGAUCUUCGCCUCUCGCAUCUCUCCUCAAGAAAGCGACGCAUUCAGAAGAGAAGAAGAACUUUUUAGUAGGCUUGAGGAAAUCAGGGGAGCUGCAAUUGUGAUGGCGGAAAAGCAUCCAUGUUUAAUACCUGUUGAGGACUUCAACAGAGAAGCUGAAGAUCAAAGUGGACAGUUAGUGCAUAUAAGUUCUGAGAUGGAGCAUAGGGCAGUAAUGAUGGGAGUGAGGCUUCAUGCAAUAGCGGUGAGGCUUAUUGGAUGUGAUCUUUACAAUAGUGCAGUAGAAGUGCUUAGCUUAGGAGAGGAGGCAUUCUCAAUUUGUGAUCCAAAUCUCAUUAAGCUUAUUUAUAUUGUUCCGAUUCUGCACAUAAACAUGGUGUGGUGCUACUUUAUGAAAGGAGACAUCAGGUUGCUCUCGGAUGCAGGAAAGCGUCUUGAGAUAGCUAGAACAGGAAUUGAACGCGAUCAAGUGAAGAAAUCUGUUUGCCGCAGACAAUUAGAAAAACUGCAUUUGAGACUAGAUUUGCUUGAAGGGGUUGUGGCAUAUCAUAGUGGCCAGAUAGAGAAAUCAAGAAAAGCAUUACUUUCUGCAAAAGUAAAAUUUAUCCAGCAUCAAGGCCCGGUUGACCCCAUAAUGCUUUUUAUGAGCUUUGAUGAUGCAAGCUUUGGCUUCACCCUAAAUGAAGCAAAUAGAGCACUGAAAAUGUGUAAUGGAGAUGUGGGGGUUGCCAUUGACUUCCUUAUUGAGGAAGAAAUAAAGGAAAUGCAAAAAUGCAAUGAUCAUAGCCAGAGAAGAAAGAAAAUUUGGUGGGUUUGUCCACUAGCUAAUAGUAUAUUUGUCCUAUUUGAUACUGCUAAAUAUAGCAGGUUUGGUGAGGAGCUUGCGGCUGAAGCCCUUAAAAGAAAUAAAAAUUAUAAGCUGAAUGCAUUGGAUGAUUUAAAAAAUCCAGAAACUAUUUCUACUUUACAGGCUGAUAUUGAGUCCAUGAAAAGAGAGAGACAGAAACAAGGAACAGAUUUUGCAAUUGAAAAAGCUGUACAAAUGGGUUUUGAAAGAUCAAGAGUGGUUGCUGCUUUUGAGGCUGGUGGCACUUCAGAAGAAGUAAUCCAAAGACUGAAAGUGCAACCGGAAGGUCCAUCAGAUAUCAGCAAAGCAGAGGAGCAAAAUGAGGAAAUAAAAGGCGAGCUCUCUGCAGAUAUAGAAAUUGCAAAUGAAGGACCAGUCAUUAUUUUUUACUUGCGUUUGGUAGAGCUUGCAUUGAGGAGGCUCUGGGAAGAAGACGUCCCUUCCCAGCAUGAUUAAAAAGAAGGAUACAAGUUUAUGUAAAUAAAUAGCGGGUUGAUGUGGGCGGUGAAUGUAUGUCAUAGGGGUCAAUGUGUAGAUAGCAGGAUGAAUAAAUA